AUGUCAGCCGUCUUUGGACAAAUCAUUAUCGGUCCACCGGGCAGUGGUAAAACAACAUACUCCGCGGCUAUACAAGAUUAUUUCAAUAAAUGCACAGCUGGUAUCAGUAGUCGACAUGUUUAUAUUGUUAAUUUAGAUGCUGCGAACGUCGGCAUGCCAUACGAAUGUGCAAUAGAUUUAGUUGAUUUAAUCACUGUCGAUGAUGUCUGUGAUAAUCUCAAUUUGGGUCCAAAUGGUUCCUUGAUGUACUGUAUUGAACAUAUUGAAAAGAAUAUCGAUUGGUUGCUUAAACGUCUUGAAUCUUUAAUUGCUCAACAUCCACCAACGUUACCUCCACCGUAUAUUCUAUUCGAUUGUCCUGGUCAGAUUGAACUCUAUACACAUCAUGGUUCGAUUCAUCAUAUAAUUGAACAAUUAUCGAAAAAGUUAGAUCUGCGACUUUGUUGUGUGAAUUUGAUUGAUUCAUAUUACUGUUCCGAUUCGUCAAAUUUCAUCAGUGCUCUGUUAACUUCAUUAUCGAUGAUGUUACAUUUAGAAUUACCUCAUGUGAAUAUUCUAUCAAAGAUCGAUCUUGUUGAACGGUAUGGCUCAUUAGAGCACAACAUUGAUUUCUAUACAGAAGUGUUAGAUUUAUCCUAUUUAAUGGGAAAUAAGAAGUCCACUGCAGAUAAAUUUCGGCCCAAAUUAGCAAAGAAAUACCGCAAGUUAAAUGCUGCAUUGGGUGAAGUUAUUCAAGAUUACAGUUUAGUUUCAUACAUUCCAUUGGAUGUUCAAGAUCGGUUGAGUAUCGAAAAGGUUAACAAUGCUAUUGAUAAAGCAAACGGAUUUAUAUUUGGACAUUUGAAAAACGAUGAUUUAUCACAACGAACAAAUUUAAUGUCCAAUGCGUAUGGCGUGGAACAAUUUGAAUAUGCUAAAACAGCGAAAAUCAGAGAAAAUUAUACAACUGUUGAUGAUGAAGAUAGUUGA